UAGUUUACAGCAGCGUCACCGGGGCAAGGAAGGACAGGCACCGUUUGAUUCAGACCCUAACCGGUCCGUAAAGCGGCUCCCUCUGUAGCUGUGGUUACCGGGAGCAAUGACUCGCGAAUAGGACACAGAGAAUGUCGUUCAAGAAGGAGACGCCCCUCGCCAACGCAGUAUUUUGGGCAGCUCGGAAGGGGAACUUGGCGCUGCUACAGCUGCUUCUGAACAGUGGACGAGUGGAUGCCGACUGCAAAGACUGUUAUGGCACUACAGCACUCAUGGUGGCUGCCUACAGUGGGCAUUAUGACUGCGCCCAUGAACUUAUCAUGCAAGGGGCUGACAUCAACCUGCAAAGAGAGACGGGCUCCACUGCACUCUUCUAUGCGUCCCAGCAGGGACACAAUGACAUUGUGAAGUUGCUGUUCGAGUUUGGAGCCUCCACAGAGUUCAGGACAAAGGAUGGUGGCACUGCGAUUUCUGCCGCUAGCCAGUAUGGCCACAGUAGGGUGGUGGAGACCUUACUUAAGAACGGGGCGAAUGUCCACGAUCAGCUAAAUGACGGAGCCACCCCUCUCUUCCUGGCGGCUCAGCAAGGUCACGUGACAGUGGUGCGGCAGCUGAUCGCGUCCGGAGCCAAAGUGAAUCACCUGCGCGAGGAUGAUACUGCCCCCUUGUGGAUGGCAGCCCAAAUGGGUCACAGCGAGGUGGUGAAGGUUCUACUGCUGCACGGGGCCGAGCGGGAGGCAGAGAGAAAGGAUGGUUCUUCGGCUCUGUUCAAGGCUGCCUUCAAAGGGCAUAAUAAAGUCAUCGAGGAGCUUCUGAAGUUUUCCCCCAGCCUGGGUCUUUUGAAGAAUGGUUCAACAGCUCUACAUGCGGCGGUUGUCGGAGGGCAUCCCAAGACUGUAUCUCUGUUGCUAGGGGCAUGUGCAGAUCCCUCUUUACCAAAUAUUAAUAAUGAUCUCCCCGCUGACCUUACCAAGAACGACCGGAUUCUCUGUCUUCUGCGACCAAGCAUUGCCAAUGGAAGCUGAUGACCAUCUAACCCUGGUCCUCACAAGUGACCAUGGGUUUCCAGAGAGAGAAAGAAACAUUUGCUGCCGGGAAUCUUAUAUCAAAGCAUUUUGAAAAUUAUAUUAUAUUUAAAAAGAUAAAAAGGUGCCUGUUUGCAACUGAAGCUUUACAACUAUAUGGACAAUAGAACUCAAAUUCCUCAAAUCAUGCCGGAAUUACAAUCAAUGCAUUCAGCUAAAAUAUAG